CGCGAAAGAUCCGAGAAUGGUAGCUCUUACAAUGCGCUCUCUCUCAUUUUUUGCUUGCCUUUCUUUCGGACUAACUCUCGGACUAACUCUCGAUACUAUUCUAGGAGACCGAGUUCAGUUUCCAAAAACUGAACAGUGCAAGAAAAAUAGAUCGAAACUUCAGCUCACUUGGAACGGGGGAAGCACUCAGCUUGUGGCUCAGCUGGAGGAUGAAUGGAAGCCGGCAGCAGGUUACAGAGACAGGAUGAGUCCAAACGGGUCUGUGAUCUUAGACAGGACCAACAUCAACGACCACGGACUGUACGAGUUGAGCUGCGGCUCAGAGGAAGAGGAACCUAUCCAACUUAAUGUCCUUGUACCCUCGGAGAUAUCAGAGACUGAGGGACAGGCUGCCGGAUUCACCUUCCACUGCAAUACUGUAGGAAAACUCGGGAGGUACCGAGUGGAGAGAGACAAACAGCGUGUGUUUGAGCUGGACCUUUCCUCCGGGAAUAUCACACAGGGCUCAGGGUUUGAGAACAGAAUCUCUGUAGCCCCGAACUGGAAGUCCGAUGGAAACUUGACUCUGACACUGCAGGGGGUGAAGCCCGAGGACCAGGGAGAUUACUUUCUCUACGUCCUUAAGAACAAUGGGAGGGAGCACCUGCAGGCUGUGAGGCUGAGGGUCAGCCCUGCUCUGAAUACAGCAGAGGACAACAAGAAAAUCACCUGCACCCCCCAGCCACCAGGCAAGACCGUUUGGAUCUGGGUAGCUGCUGUGGUUCUGAUUGCAGGUGCUUUUCUCUGUGGUCUGAAAAUGCCGAGAAUCUGCAGGUCAGGUGUCUCUGGUGGAGCCGGGGGAGGAGGACCUACAGCAGCAGCGGAGAUGCAACCUUUCACCGACCCUCGUGUUCCGGAAGUGAACGGACCGGCUUGAUGACCGUCUUUAAUGUGACGUUAUAUGGUCUUUUCAUUAUUAACCCCUAAAUGAAUUUUGUUGUAUACAUGAUUUGUAUCAAAUCCUUCACCUUUAAAGUUUAUACAAAUAUCCACAUCCUGAAGUUGCCUCUUUUGUCCCUUUUUUAUUUCUAGAAAAUACCCAAACAUGUUAUAGGUGCUGAUGGAAUAUGCUUUUCAAUUAUAUGUAUACUAUAUAUAUGACCUCAGUUACUUUAUGGAUGUGCAGUUAUGUGAUUUCGUAUUUUAAGCUGUGCUUGCUUCUUUCAUGUUAAUCCACUCAUCACAAUUGUGCCUUUAUCUGCUCUAACUGUAACCUGCUGUGCCACGUAUGAAGGAUUUCUGAUGUGUUUUCCCUGUGUGUGCUGGACUGCUUUAUUCUCCCCAACAUUAAAAAUACAAUAUAUGAACAAAUAUAUGCAAAUCUAAAUAACUGGAUAUGCUUAUUUGAAAAAGUCUGAUGGAGUUGAAUAUGAGGUUUAUAAUAGGAAUAAAACACACAGCUUCAGACACUGACUUCACUUUGAUUAACAUCUGGACGCAGCCGGGUUUUACUUGGUUAUGAUGCGAAUAAACCAGGCCUAACUGCCCUGUUUUCUUUCAUUGUAAAGUCCCUCAUUUAUCAUGCACAUUUAAAAGCAACACACAAUAAGUGCAUAUUGGGCAGGAAUUAGGGCUUUAAUGUAUUAUGUUUUAAAAUAAACAUCAUCAUCACACCAACCCAAAUCUACUCAAAUCAACAGACAAUUAACAGCAGAACAAUGAGUCAGAAACGAACCAUAAUGACAUCUUUGCAGAGAGCAAAGCCAGAGAGAUCCCAGCACCGGGACCACACACUGCUCUGCAUCGCCUCAUUCUUCAUUAUGUUUCACAUUAUGCAGCCACGGCAGAAGAGAGUCUACCUGAAAGCAUUUCUACAGACACAGAACAAACACACUGCGACUACAUAGAGAGAGCAUUCCUGAUGAUCUGUGUAUUCAUUAUGCAGCCACGGAGGAUACGAGUUUACCUUACCGUGUCUGGAAGAGGCAGUCGUUCAACAUCACGGUGCAUGACGUUUGGAGAUCAGAAUAAUCGUGAUUGAAUGUUCCAGCCCAAAGACAGCAGAGCUGCAGCUCAUUCAGGGCCUUUAA